AAUGACACGGCAAAGUAAAACCCAAAUGAAGCAAGGUGAAAGAAUGGGCUGCAGCGCAGGCAAAACUGCACCACGUUACAGACUGCUCGCCUGGGAUGGAACGGUGGGGAGGUGCGCAGACGGAUGGAUAAGCGCCUGGCAAACUGGAUUUCUUUUCCUAGACUGCUAAUGCUACUAACAGUUCCCUCCUCACAGGGUCGCUAUAAUGAGGUAACAUACAGCACUUAGAAGACGGCCUGACCCAGAAUAACACUAAUGUUCACAUGGCUGCGACUCUCAGACCAAAAUCAAUAGCCGGUAUCUACUGAAACUGCAGCAAGGCGAAACCACGGGAAUGGCGCUCCGUUGAGUAGAGCAACGCACAUCACAUCACAUCGCAUCCUCUGUAGCGGGAGGCUCUGGCCUCACCGCAGCGGCACUUCCCGGAAGAGCCCAGGAUAUUCGGGGACCCGCACCGGACAGGUGGCCCAGGCCCCCUGGCGCCCAGCUGGCCGCCCUGUUGCAGCUCCCAUGCCAAGACCUGCGCCUAACGGCAGGGAUUCCGGCGGUCAUCAUUUAUUCUUGGCGCUAAGCUGCCGCUUCUCUUUUUUAUCACCACAGAGUAACGCAGACCCCACCGUUUCCUUCCAUUCUGAGCCAACCACUCCAGCAGCCACCGGGGCGCCAGGUUAUGCUGGGGCUGCACCACCCGGCCCGAGGCUUUUGAAGCCACGCCUGAGCGCGGAGGAUGGGCAGGAUUUGCCCCGUGAACUCUCGCGCACGCAGGCUCCGCGCGAGGCCCGGGCGCCCGAGCGGCGAUUCCCUCCCCUAUCACCAGCUCCAGGGUGGUGCCCCCCGGCUGUGGAGCCCAGACCCCGGCCGUCCAGCAGCGUAUAGACGAGCCCAUGUCUGCGAUGUAACUGCACCGCGCUGGGGAUCCACCUCCCGCCAGGGUGAGGGCGCCGUCCUCCAGCGUAUGCUACGCAGGCGCGCCCCGCCCUCCUGGUCACGUGACCACGCCUACAGCCGAAGAGGAUGGGAAAAUGUGGCCCUGUUCCUGAACAGGAAGCGGAAGCAGGAAGGAACUGAGAACACCAGCAUCUGCUGCCGCCCUGAAUCAGCGUUAGCAUGUGGAGGCAAUCUCAGCCCCCAGUUUUUGAAGAAGGUGAUUCAGAUUCAGACACAGGAAUUAUGGUGACGGUAGAAAUGGACUGGAAGGUUCGUUCCCCUUGCCCACCAAGACUCCAGAGCAGUUCUUAAUGAAAUAGCAGACCGUGAACCAGCGCAUAGCUGUCUGGGCUCAUGUCCCCAAUCCCCAGGUGAGAAACAGUCUUCAGAAGCAACAAUUUCAUUGUUGCUCCAUUGGAUACUAUUCAUCCAUCACCUUUCAGCAAACAGGAUUCCUUCUCCACCGACUCUUCAGCUGAUAUGGGUGAGCCUUGUUGAUCCUAACAAAAGGGAUGUGUGUGAAGAGGAAGCACCUGACGACAAACAAGCACCACGUCCUUCCCCAGUGUGACGAGGGGUGGGAAGGGCACCGUGUGGGCAGAGGGCACCCUGUGCCGAGCCCCACACUGUGGCAGCUCAGCUGUGGAAGGGGCCUUGGAGUCAGUGCCCACCUGUGGCUGGGGUCUGCAGGACAGCAUCCCCGUGUGGGAGUGUCCACCUCCGCCCAAACAUCAGCCACGAGAAGAGUCGGCCACCAGCAGUGGCCGGCCUGUCCUUCCUCACUUUAUUGUCACUACAUUAGAGCCCUCUGCCACCACUCCCUUCAAUGGGUUCUCCACCCCUCUUAUGCCCCCCAGAAGGGUGGAGGGUGUGGCUGGAGUGGACAGAGAGGGAUGCCCAGCAGGCAAGAUAGGGAGGUGGCGGGGGCUUUCCUUUACAGCAGGAAAACAGCUGCACUGGAGCCGCCAUGAUACCCAGGCGCUGCUUAGAGUCCGAGUGAGUUCCAGUCUCGGGCCUGACCGUGCAUUUGAGGUCACUUGCACAGAAUUGGAGGGGAACACACAGAGGUGCUGCUCUUGAUGUGGAUGCAGUGCUCACUCCUGACUUCCAACCUAGAGGUCCCCGAGCCUCUCUGAAUCACGGUCCCCUGCUACUGAGAAGGCUCGGUCCCUUCCUACUGGGUCUCUCUGUUCUACUUCUUCAUAGUGUGGAGUGAUCUCCCAAUUAACAUGAUUCUUAUUAAGAUGGAGGUCCCAUUACAAUAUUUAUAGGAAGAGUUAAAAACAUGGAAAUGUUCAUGAUACAAUGUUAAGGGAAAAAGGCAGAAUAUAAAAGGGUGUCUGUGACCUGAUUCAGAUCCCAUGGUUAAAAUAUGAACACACAGGUUCAUGGAAACUCACUAGAGGCAUCUAGGCCGCAGGGCUCAAGGCCUUCCUGCUGCUGAGCGCUCACUCUGGGGUUUUCACGGGUCCUGGACCUUCACACAGAGCCACUUUCUCAGUAUCCACACCACCCCCCACUCCUGUGGUGCUCACUCACGGGAGUUUUCUUCACGGAGCUCAGCCUCACCUGCCCAUGUCUACACGGAGCUCAGUGUCACCUGCCCAUGUCUACACGGAGCUCAGCGUCACCUGCCCAUGUCUACACGGAGCUCAGCGGCACCUGCCCAUGUCUACACGGAGCUCAGCGUCACCUGCCCAUGUCUACACAGAGCUCAGCGUCACCUGCCCAUGUCUACACUGAUGUGGGUCUGUGUGUUUCCCCAUGUGACAGUGGAAGUCCCACAAGCACCAGGACUGCCUGUGGGUGUGUCCCUUGUGCGGCACAGCAGCUCCUUAACAAGGUUUUGUUGAGCAGCCGAAGGGCAGCAGGCUCUGAGCUGUAUGGCCUGUGGCAGGCCCUGGCACUGAGGGACCGAAGGGCGGCAGGCUCUGAGCUAUGUGACCCACAGCAGGCCCUGGCGCUGAGCGGCCCUUCCCAUGGGCCCAUGAGGGCUGGAGGCGAGUGCCACUUACCCACUUUGAAGUUGGUGGUCUCCAGUGUAGGGCAGGUGAACAGCCUAGGGAAGACCAUGUAGAUGGGGACAGAGAGGCCCCUGCACACAUCCCCGUCGGCGAUCUGAAUGUUCUGAAUCUCCGUGGCGUCGCGGGCGUAGCCUUCUGCACACCCUGCGGGAGGGAGGCCACAUCACGCGGUCAGGGCCAGCAAAGGCUGCGGGUCCACAUCCGCACCGGCACCACCCCCCAGUCUGCUCCAAGAAUCCUCCAGGGUCCCCUCCCCUCACUUCCCUUAGACACGUGGCUACUGCUAAGGCACAGCCACGCUCUUACUUUUGCUUCCCCGACGUCCUCUCUUUUUUUAGAGUCAGGGUCAUGGUCUGCUCUGUUGCCCAGGCUGGAGUGCAAUGGUGCGAUCUCAGCUCACUGCAGCCUCAAACCACCCUCCCACCUCAGCCUCCUGAGUAGCUGGGAUUACAGGGGUGCGCCACUGUGCCCAGCCCCCCAGCAUCCUCUUAACCAUGGAACGUGAGGGUGGCAGUCGAGGGGGACAGGCAAGCGCAAGGCCUGGUGGCACGGCCCUCACCGCAUGUCUCCACGCGCACCAGCUGCAGCUCCACGCUUCUGAUGGCGGCUUCCGAGCUCUCCACCACCAGCUCUCCCGUUAGCGGCUGUGUGAUGACACAGUUUGUUGAGUUGAGAUGUCCUCGAAGGAGAAACUUGGGAAGCAAAGCUCUCUAAAACAAAAUGAAAACAAAUACAUCAGAAUGCAGGCAAGGGGGGAAAGUGCUCCAUACUUUGGUGCAAAUAAAACCUGGAAGCGAAGUUGGAUAGUGGUUAUACAGUCCACCGGGACCGUCUCACAAAACGGGAAGAAAGGAGCGAAGUACUGACGUCUUGGACAUUAGCCGGCUGAAUUAUUCAACGACUCUCUACAUAUGGCACCUGACUGACACUCUGUGUACAGACAAUGCCUCAGAGAACCGUCCUAAUUGCCUAGUCUCAGAGCUAGAAAGCUCCUUCUUACCAAGGAAUAAGACACGAAAAAGUCUGAGGGAGUCGCCAUGGUGUUCAAGACAACCUGACACACACAGUU